GUUACCCAGCGGUGCUUUGCGCUAGGCCCCUGACUAGGCCGCGCUGCUGGCGGCAUGGCGGUGGCGGUGCGCGCGCUGCAGGAGCAGCUGGAAAAGGCCAAGGAGAGCCUCAAGCACGUGGAUGAGAAUAUCCGCAAACUCACGGGCCGGGACCCCAACGAUGUGAGGCCCGCUCAAGGUAGAUUAUUGACCAUCACAGGCCCGGGUGGAGGUAGAGGGCGUGGUAGCAUAUUGCUAAGGCGUGGAUUCUCGGAUAGUGGAGGACCCCCAGCCAAACAGAGGGAUCUUGAAGGGGCAACCAGUAGGCUGGGUGGGGAACGUCGGACAAGGAGAGAAUCACGCCAUGAAAGCGACGCCGAGGAUGAAGAUGUUAAAAAGCCGGCGUUGCAAUCUUCUGUUGUUGCUACCUCCAAAGAGCGAACACGUCGAGACCUAAUUCAGGAUCAAACUAUGGAUGAGAAGGGAAAACAAAGGAAUCGACGUAUAUUUGGCUUGUUGAUGGGCACUCUUCAGAAAUUUAAACAAGAGUCCACAGUUGCUACUGAAAGGCAAAAGAGACGUCAAGAAAUUGAACAAAAGCUUGAAGUGCAGGCAGAGGAGGAGAGAAAGCAGGUUGAAAAUGAGAGGCGAGAAUUGUUUGAAGAAAGGCGCGCUAAACAGACAGAACUGCGUCUAUUGGAACAAAAGGUUGAACUUGCUCAACUGCAAGAAGAAUGGAAUGAACAUAAUGCCAAAAUAAUUAAAUAUAUAAGAACCAGGACACGGCCCCAUCUCUUCUACAUACCAGGCAGGAUGUGUCCCGCUACGCAAAAGCUAAUAGAUGAUUCGCAAAAAAAAAUGAAUGCAAUAUUCGAAAAUAGACGCAAUGAGUUUGCAGAACAAAUUAACAAAAUGGAGGCCAGGCCCAGAAGACAGUCUGUAAAGGAAAAAGAACAGCAGGAGGUGCACAAUGAAGAAAAGAAAGAAGAACAGAACAAGGAGCAGGAAGAGGGUAAGGUGGCUCAGCAGGUGGAAGAGAUGGAGACAGGUAACCAGAACAAUGAUGUAGAAAUGGAGGAGGUAGGGGAGGAAAAGGUGAAAAUAGGGGCAGGUCAUAGUGAUGCAGAGAAAGAACAGGAGGAGGAGGAGCAGAAACAUGAAAUGGAGGAUAAGGUAGAAGAGAGGGCUGAGGUGAAGGAGAAUGACAGGCAGCAGGAUAGUCAGCAUGAAGAGGUCUUGGUUGUAAGAGAGGAAGGUGAGAGUUCUCAGCCAGUGGAUAACGAGCAGGAUAUAGUGGAGAUGAAUGAGGCUGAUAGUGUAGAACCAUUAGAAAGUGAAAAUAGCAAGGAAGUGGAACCAGAAGCUGAGUGUGAUGCUCAGCCAGCAAAAGAGCUUAACACUGAUUCUCCUGAAAAGGAGAAAGCUAACAAACCAGAAAUUGAAGCUGAACCUGAAGAGAAACAGGAAAAGGAGCCUGAAGCCCAGCCAGAGCCUGAGGCAGAGAUACAGCCCCAGCCAGAGUCUGUGCCAUUGCCACAGCCUCCGCCAUUGUCUCGGUCCAUUCAAGAUCAAGAGCCUCAGGCAGACCAGGAGGAAGUCGCUGUGGUGUCUGUAAAGCUGGGUGAGUUGCAGUCGGAUCAGAUCCAGGCAACAAGUGUAGAAAUUAAGAGUAAAACUAGGAGUAGAAGCAGGGGUAGGACAAGGAACAAGACUAGCAAGAGUCGGAGUCGUAGCAGCAGCACUAGUACUAGUAGUACUAGCUCAACCAGCAGUAGUAGUGGCAGCAGUUCCAGCAGUGGCAGCAGCAGUAGUCGGAGUAGUUCCAGCAGCAGCAGUAGCACUAGUGGAAGUAGUAGCAGAGACAGUAGCAGCAGUAGCUCUAGCAGCAGCGAGAGCAGAAGUCGAAGCAGAGGACGGGGUCAUAAUAGGGAUAGAAAGCGCAGGAGGAGCUUGGAUAGGAAGCGAAGGGAUGCUUCAGGACUAGACAGAAGUCACAAGUCUUCAAAAGGUAGUAGCAGAGAUACAAAAGGAUCAAAGGAUAAAAGUUCACGGUCUGACAGAAAGAGGUCUGUGUCAGAAAAUAGUCGGUCAGGCAAAAGAACUUCACGGAGUGAAAGAGACCGUAAAUCAGACAGGAAAGACAAAAGGCGUUAACAGAAGAGACUAAACUUCCUUAGCCUAAUCUUUGCAGCAGAAGAUUACUUGAUGAGUAAAAGGAUUCCUUAUGAGGAGGAGGAGAAGGCUGCCUUAACAAAUGCAUGCUGUAAAAAGUCUUUUGGAAAAAUGCAGACUGUUUACCAGGCAUCUUGUAGUUUUUACAUAAUUUUGUAAAAGGUUACUUAUCAAAAUUAUGUCAAGUUCCAGAAAACUGUACAAAUAAAAGAAUUAACCCCCCUUUGCAUCUUUUUUAAAUAUCCUGUACUCAUUAAGAAUCUCUGUACAUUUUAAUAGGUAGAUCUUUAAAUUGGUGUGAUCCCUUCUACUUCUGUAUCAUACAUUUUUUUUGUAGAAAUAAAUGUGCAUUUUAAAUAAA